CAAAACACGAAUGCACCGAAGCGAAGAGGACCGUCUGGACCGCGUAGCACCCAUCACCGUUACUCAGUCCAGUUACUGAAAAUUUGUUUUCACUGCUAAAUCAAGAUAUUAAUUUUUGUGUCUAUAUUUAAUUCAAUGUUUGGCUCCGUGACGUGAAUGAAGAAGCGUAACGCCGCAGGCUAGCGUUAGCUCUGUAACCGUUACUUCUCCGACGUUAGCUUGUUUUCUUCCCUCCCGUCUGGAUGUAGGCGUUCAUUAGUUAGCUCGAUGCUAACACCACAGACAGGCUGUGUAGAGAGUGUGGAGCCUCGGGUCUGACUGGGAUGGAUGCUCUAAGACUGGGAUGGAUGCUCUAAGACUGGGAUGGAUGCUCUAAGACUGGGUUGGAUGCUCUAAGACUGGGAUGGAUGCUCUAAGACUGGGAUGGAUGCUCUAAGACUGGGAUGGAGGCUCUAAGACUGGGUUGGAUGCUCUAAGCCUGGGUUGGAUGCUCUAACAUGCUAGGACCAUGUUUAAAAAUGUGUUCGGAUCAGGCUUCCUGGUGAGAACAGCUCAUGUUAUUCUGACAUGGGUCAUCACGCUCAUUCUCUUCCUGCAUGAUACAGAGCUGAGGAAGCAGGAGGAGACGGGUCAGCUGGUCCAGCCCGUGCUCUUUGUCCUGCUGGUGCUCGUGUCCGUGUUGCUUUACUUCGCUGUCUCUCUGAUGGAUCCAGGAUUCAUCCUGUCUGAUGAUAGUGACCUACAGUUCACGCUGGGAGUGACAGAGGAGCAGCAGGACAUGAUACCCCCCACCACCAAGUCUCUACGACAGAGACGCUGUGGCCACUGUCUGCUGCAGCAGCCAAUGAGAUCCAAGCACUGUCAGACGUGUCAGCAUUGUGUGCGGCGGUACGACCAUCACUGCCCGUGGAUCGAGAACUGUGUUGGCGAGAAGAACCACCGCUGGUUCGUUCUCUAUCUCGCCGUCCAGCUGCUGGUGCUGCUGUGGGGUCUGCACAUCGCCUGGACGGGGUUCAGCUUCGCGCCCACCUGGCAGCUGUGGCUGCGGACUAACGGGGUGCUGCUGACGGUGGCCGUCCUGGUGGCUCUGCUCUCACUGAUCGUGCUGCUCCUCCUCGGCUCUCACCUGUACCUGGUCUCUCUCAACACCACCACCUGGGAGUUCAUGUCUCGCCACCGCAUCUCCUACCUCAAACACUGCGGCGCCGACGAGAACCCGUUUGACCGCGGCACCUUCCAUAACCUGUGGGGCUUCUUCUGCGUGUGGGGCACAGUGGUGUGGGAGCAGGUGUACUUCAGGGAGGGCAGCGACCAGGUUUAAGAACUAGAGGAGCGUCAGUGGACUGGAACAGAGACGAGUUUAUCUCAGGAAGGACUCUGGAUGACGGGAUCGGCACAUUCUUGACCACAACGUUUGGAGAGGAACUUUCUGUGUGUGAGUUUACCUUUAAAAGACGAGAGUUUUAAUGAAUAACUGAAUUAUUAACCUCUUUAAAAUGAAGAUGAGUCAGUCUGGACCAAAAUCAACUCUGAACCACAGAUAGAAUCACUGGUUUUAUCAUCCACUACUAAAGGAGUCUCACAACCACUAUAAACUACUGAAAUAUUCCUUUAUUGUACAGAUUUGUAUUUAUUUAAUCAGUAUUUAAACUCUUUUCAGAAGUAUUUGUGUAUAAAGAGAUGAAGAGGAGUGCACAGAUCAGGAUCAAAUGAAGGUGUAAGAAAAGUCUGGCACGCUUAAAUCUCGUUGUUUUGUAAAGUAAAUUUCACUUUUAUAGAAUAUUAACCAGAACAAAAGUAUGAAGCACAAAUGGCCAGCAUAUAAAACCAGCAGAUCCAUAAAGAGUGCAGUAGAGGCCUUGUUAGCAGCAUAAAAACAGCCCAGUGUACGCCGUUAGACUCUCUGAGGCUUCAGCAGCGCUGAGUUUUCAACCUCUGUGUCUACAGAAGUUUGAGUCUGACUUUUUUAACAUGUCAAUUAAAAUGACUCUCAAAUCUCAUCAUCAACACCUUUAGUACGGAUUAUACAUCUCAGAUGUUUGCUGCAUCCUAUAAAUGUGGGAACUCGUGCACAGGCAGAAUAAUUGAUCAUAAUUUAGCUAAAGUAGGAAUUUUCAGAUUGCAGCAGAUGCAAUAUUUAAGACGUGUCAAAAUCUGGUUUUAUUGCAGAAUAAAUGUUCUUACCUACACAUCACAGAUAGAGUCCACUCUCAGGUAUCUUUAGUUGUUAUAGAACUUAGAAACUUAAAUUUUUUGGUACAUUUUUCUAAAUUAAAAUGAGAAAAAUGAUCAUUUUCUCCAUUUUAAAAACUAAUGUCCAUUUCUAAACUAUUCAGCCCGAGUGUCUCCAGCAGUGAUACUCAACAUGUGGCUCUUUUAUGUCUUAGUUUAAAAAAAUGAUUCCCCCAGAAAACCUUAAAAAAGGAAAACUUUGACCUCAGAAAUGAUCCGCUGCAAGUCACAUUAAUCAGUUUGUUACAGUAGGCUGUCAACCUUCAUUAUUUCCAUUGCCCUUAUUUGCAAUUUGUCGCCCCUUUUUCCAUUUUUUUGCCACUUUUAAUCCAUUUUUACUACUUUAAAGACCCUAUAAAGUGAAAAUAAAUCUGUAUUUAGGUUUGUUGUAUGACAGGUCACUGUGUUAUGAACUCCUAAAUCAAAUUUCAGUCACAUAAAACAUCUUUAAGUUUAUAAAAUUAAAUUUCAAAAUCAUGAAAAUGAGGCAGUAGAAUCCAGGUAGCCCUGACUGCAGUGUGCAGAUCGAGGCGGAGCACAAUGCCACUUAACGUCGGCAUUCCAUUGGCUGAGUUGAGUUUGGGGGGUGGAGCUCAACGCCAUUCCAUUGGCUGAGCUGGAGCUCAAUGUCUUUUGCGGUAUUUAGAAAGGUAUUUACUGAUUUGGAGUUCAUGUAGAUGAGUGGGAGAGAAAUUUAGGCAUUUUUUUAGCAGACAGGCAGAGGAUGGCGACACUUUUUAACUGCUUUUCUCCCUCCAGUCAUGACUCUGCUUUUAAAGAAAACAAGGAGUAAACUGCCAAGUUAACAAAAGGCUUAUGGAGUUCUGGUUUUACUCUGUCAUUAAGAAAUGUCCAAAGAUAGAAAAACCUUGCAGCUGUUGCAGGCGUACUAACCCUAACAUAGAGUGAGGUUUAUUUCUAAGAGCAUUAUCAGGCUGAGGCUGCAGCUCUGAGACGUCUCAGUCAAAUAUAAGCUCGUCUUUCUUCAUGAUAACAAAUACUGCAGCUGAAUUUAGUCCCUGAUUGUUCACAACCAUCGAAGGAUAUACAGUCAGACUAUUAUCCGCCGUGUCUUCAGGCUCUUUUCUGUCCCACUUUGAGGCUCUGAGUGGAGCCGGUCAUGACCCUCAUUCCUGCGUCCUGCUCUGAAUCAUUCAUGUAGGCGGUCGUUCCACGUGUCACUGUCCUGCAGGACUUCUGCUCUUACAGGAGAAUGAAGGCCUGAUACUUUAUCACCUGGGCCCUGUUUUAGUCCCAGUGAGGGAGGAAAGCCGGAGUAUUUAUCUCCCUUCCCGCUGCAGGUUGUCGGUUUAAACCUUGAAAGAAGCGGGACUUCCUCACAGGUGGAGUGUUUCUGCUCACACAUGAGGAACCAUCCCGCCCUGAAACCACCUUCCCAACAAAGCCAGGUCCGAGAGAGCAUCACACAGCUUUAACUAGAAGGUCUCUUCCUGUACAUUUGCUGUUUUUGUGGCUGCUGGCUGGAUUUUUUAUCAUCAUCGAUUAGUUUUUAGGAUCAUUUAGACCCUGAAUAAAAACCUGCUGUUGAACUUUUCUAUUUAAAGAGACUCUGAGCCCGUUAGCAGACUGUUAUAACCCCUGAUGUUUACUCUGAAUAUUAUCAGUGCAGUUUAAAAUGCUCUACUCGUUUCGGUGCAUGCUCUGACUCUGUGGUUUUUAGGAUUUUCUAUCAGAUUUUGACUUUUUCAGCGUAGGAAGGUUUUUAUUUUUGUUCUGUGUGUGAAUGUUCUGUUAGAGAGGUUGUACAGGGUCCAUUUUCUUUAUUAUUUUAUAUUCAAGGACAUUUUUAUUUGAAGUGAACGAUGAAUUCUUCAUGCACCAAUUGUGUUUUUGCAGGUAUUGAAAUUUAUAAAUCUAAUGUUGUAUUUAUUGUUCCAGCAUUUAAUCCAAUCAUGAUGUACAGGAUGUUUGAACAAACAGCAUUUCAAGCUAUUUUAUAUCUCUGUAAAUAAUUUAAUCUGUUUCAAACCAGGAAUCGUCUUUAGAUUUAUUUAUAUGACUGUUUGAUUCAAUAACAAAGGAUUUAACAAAGUGAGGAAAAAGAGAUUUGUACGGUGGCCCUGAAGGUCAGCUGCAAAACCAUUUUACUAAACGCGAAAAACUUUUCACCACGUUCAAAAAAUGUAGAAACGUUGUACAAAUAGUUUAAGUGCAAAAAGAAUCCAAGGAAAAGCAUUAAAAACACAAAAUGCAUAAAUAUUUAAUACAGUGCAUGAAAACGUCUCCUAAUGUGAAAAUUAUUUUAAUACAAAGUGCAUAAAAUUUCACUGAACUCAAAAAUAUUUACUACAAGGUGCAGAACAUUUCACUGCAGUGUUUAUUAAAAUGCAAAAUUAAACUAAAUGAAAAAAUAUUUCAAACAAUGACCAGUACAUUUUACAAAACACAAAAUGAUUCAUGCAACACAAUCUUUUAUGAAAUGCAAAAUUAUUUGCCAAAUUGCAAAAAUAUAGAAUAUAUUUUUCUUGAAAUGAUUUCUUUUUCUUUUAAAUAUUUUUUUGUUCAGUGAAAUUCUUUUUUUUUCUUUAUUUCAAAUAACUCUGCAUUUUGUUUAAUAUUUCAGAGAUUCGUUUAACAUUUCAGCUUUUUAUUCAUUCCAAAUGUUUGCAAUUGAACUUUUGGGCCACCGUAGCUCUGAGUGCAAUACAUUGUUUAGUAAUUUUAUUCCCCUGGUGCAAUAGUAACCCAGCAAUAAAUGUGGUGAUCAAAUUAAUGUUCGCUCUGUUCCAAUGAAGUCAUCUUUGAUUCAUGUUUGUGUGGUUUUGAAUUUUAUGCAAUGCUGUCAUGAAAUGUUUUUUACUUCUCUGAACUAACUGUAAACACCCAUCAAUAAAAUAGCACCACAAGUGGCUAUCUGAGGCCUCCAGUGCUUUAAGUAAUCCUCACAGGGUAGAAAACAUGGAGC